GCCUACAAAUUGAGUAAGUAAGGGUCAAUGCUAUAUUAUGUGUAUAUUGUUUGAAACAUUUUUAUCAUUGUAACUGUGUAAAGGGGUAGAACGGGCGAUGGUCUUGCUUGCCAGCACUGUGCAUCACAUCACCUAGAUGUAAAAAAUAAUGCAAAUUAUUAUAUGGAGCAUGAUUGAUGCUACAACUUCGAUUUACCUUUGACAUCGUGGUGAUAUUAAGAGUAAGAAUAAAUAAUAUUGCUCUACUAAACUAUAUGUCGAAUUUUAUUAAAAUGUCCUUACAUAUUGCUAGGUAUUAUUUUACUGUACUAUUUUAUAUUGUAUACAAUUUUAUCUUAAAUUUGAUCCUUCAAACAGCUGUUGAGCAAUGAAACGCAAACAUAAUCUUAGCAAAAUGAAUAUAUUUCUUUUAUCUUCAGCAUUUAAUCAGUCACAUAAUCUCAAAUUAUUUGUUAUAUAGUAGUGUUGAAAGUAUUAAAACUCAAUACAAUUUUAUACAAUUUUACGGACGGAAUGAUCCCAGGGGGAGGGGACUCCCAACCCACCACUUCGGCGGGUAGUUGAUGCAUCGUUCACAAGCAAGAGCUACUUUGGUCUACUUGCUGUGAGGUGUCUCAGCUACAUGGGUUUUUUUUAUUAAAAAAAAAAAUUGCUAGGUUCUGAGGAAUGAUAAUCGCAGUGUUAAGAUCCAUCAAACAAGAACCCUGAUUUUAAGAAACCUGUUUCAUAGAUGAUCACUCUCUUUGUUAUCACUGUCCUCCUACUUCUUCUUAUUGGAUUUAGUGUCCUUUAUAUAUGUCUAGUAAGGAGACGGUAUUCUCAGUUCUACUGUCCAAAGUAUACCAAUGUGUUCUUGGCUCAUGCAUAUGAACUUGUGAAAGCUAAAAGACCUUUUAUUGAAACAUUUCUUUGUUGGUCUAAAGAAUCUGGCUAUAACGUUUUUGUACUCUUUUCUUCUUGGCGUGUUCACAUACAUGUGAUUGAUACAAGAAAGAUUAAAGAUGUCCUAUGUUCGGUGACUCUUCUAAAACCCAAAGAACAUGAUCUCAGCAAGUUUUGCGGUGUUGACCUACUGGGUGAUAAAUCACUGUUUACUGAACCUGGUACCCUGGCUUGGGCUACUAAAAGAAAAGAAUUAGACCCCCACUUUCACACAGCUGGUCUGCAGAAAGGCUAUAGUAAACUUUUAGAAGUUGCAUCUGACUUAGUUGAAUCUAUUGGUUGUGAUGAAGGGACAAACAUAGCCCACUUAAUGCAGCGACAUGUUUCCCAUGUCAUUGCUUUAUUCAUCAUGAAUAUAGAAGACAAAGAAGAAUUUCAUUCAUACACUAACAAAAUCGCCAGUAUAUUCAUGGGCUUAUCUGUCAAGUUCCGUCACAAGAAUACCUUCUGGAUGCCAUGGAAUUUCAAAACUGAAAAAGCAAAAGUGCUGAAGGAUCUUCAUGAUGUUCAGUCAUACUUCAAAGACUUCAUUUUGUCUCAAAACUUUGAAGAAAUUGAUCUAAACUCAUGUGUUGGUUCUCUUGUCAAGACAAACAUGGAAGGAGAUAAUCUGAGGAUUGACCUUCUGAUAAAUGAAUUAAUCAUGUUUUUCUUUGCCGGAAUUGAUACUUCCAUGCAUACAAUAAACUUUGCAUUCUAUGAAAUGUUGAGAGACAAAGCUGCCUUAAUUAAAAUCGAGGAUGAAAUCCAGCAAGUAUUUGGAGAAAGAGAGUUUAUAGAAUACAGGGAAGUGAACGAGCUGAAGUAUCUUGACAAAUUCAUCAAAGAAGUACUAAGAUAUCACCCGAUUGUUUCUUCAGUUACUCGUCAAACUGGUCCCAAGGGUUUCAACCUGUGUGAUCAGUUUAUACCAAGAAACACCAAAGUUCACAUCAACAUUGAGUGUGUCAGAAAAGCGAAAAGUUCUGGAAGGAUCCUUCAAAGUUCUCAGCGGAUAGAUGGGAUGAAUCACCUGUCCCCUUCAGUUACAUUCCAUUUUCUGGUGGCACUCGCAGCUGUAUUGGCAAGAAACUGGCCCUGCUUGAGAUAAAGGUGUUCAUCAGCUCAAUUCUCAGAAAGUACACAGUAGAUUUCGAUAGAACCGACUUGGGUGAAAUUUCGACAAAACAAGUGAUCACAAAUAGACUAGCAAAAGAUCUUAUUAUUCAUUUUAAAAUUCGCGAAUCAUAUUGAUGAUAGGAGACGAGUUAACAAAAUAUUUUGUGCAUGUUUACUGUGUUUGUAUCAAGUUUUUGAUUUAUAUCAGUUUAUAAUGCCCAACGAAGACAAUUUACAGAUUAUUAAAGCCCCGCUUGGUUGAUAUCAGAAUAUAGAACUUUCAAAUAAACUGCACUGUGAUCCUGGUAUUCGGAUAGUUUUACACAAGAUUGGUGCACAAAAUUGCUUCUUACUAAAUAUAAUCCUGCUAACUUUAUUGAUUAAAAUGGCCUUAUUCAUAUUGUGGUUGAUUACAUCAUACAUAUAAUGAUUGAUAGUUCGUUUUAUUGAAGCAUAGAUAAUGAAUUUUAUUGUUUAUUUGUAGAUGUUUUGAUACAGUUAAUUACAUGUUUUUUAGGAUGGGACUUUUUACAAAAACAAAUUUCUGGUCGCAUUAAAAUUUAGAUAGUAGAUAUGAUUUUAUUUGUUGAUUGCGUAUUGCAAUAUUUCGUAUUGCAAUUGUCUUAUGAAAAUUUGAAUAUUACAUCACAAGUUAAUCCACAGUAUUUCUUGUCCUGAUUUCAAUUAAAUGAGCGUGAUUAAGUACACAAUAAUAUAUUAAAUACAUGUAUUUUAUCACAUUGAUAAAUUUAUAUCUGAUUGUAACGAGGUUUGAUAUCGAAUACAUUUUAUUGAGAAAAUUUCUGAAAUUUGAUUCUUACUAUCGGAGUUUCAUAUUAUAAAUUAUUUCAAUUUUGCUGCUCUUCAAAUAAUUGAGUGUGUCGGUAAUGAUAAUUAUUUAUGAUAUAAUAUCAUUAUCGUAUAAUUAUAAUUGUAUGCAUUGUAUAAUCAAGGGUCAAAUUUCACUGUCAGAUAAUCAUCGUUACAAACAUCUGUUGAUAUUACAUUACAUCAUCAAUGUCAGUUGACUGAAGAACCAAUAAUACCAUAUUUAAUACUGUGUUUAUGAAACACAUAUUAUAUGAUAUAAUCAAGUGGCAAGUCAUAACUUAUCAGCAGCUAUAUUGAGCUUUACUGCGAUCAUUGUUUAUUGAUUUUGGUUUCGAAACUUAGCAAUGAUUUGUUGCACAGUUUAUGGAGAU